CGCUUCUCAAAGUAAGUAUUUGGUUAUCACCGUAAUGGAUUCUUACUCAACUCAUCAGCAUAUGGCGAUCCAAGAGCCACCCCGUCGCCAGUAUUAACUCCUCGAUCCUUGCAAAACCGGGUCCUUUUAGGACAGUCGUUCGCCGAGCCCCUUCACUACGACGAAGCCAGUCUUCUGAUGCAUUAUCUAGACCAUGUCUUUCCCUACCAAUACCCUUUUUUUGACAAAGCAAGGUUGUCUCGAGGCUGGCUUCUUUGGCUUCUCAGCAAGAAUGGGCCUCUCUAUCGAGCAUCCAUGGGUCUCGCGGCGUUGCACCAGCGAUCACUGCUAGGCGAGACAAACAACCAUCACCUUGAACUUGAGUUCCAUACCAAAGCGGUCAGGCAGCUACAGGACUUUCUAUCGUCCAUCAACAUCAAUGAGCUGCGGCCCGAAAAUGAGACUCUGGUUGAGAUCAUCACCUGUGGUAUCGCUCUCAUUAGCUUCGAGGUCCUCAGAGGAAGUGCAACAGACUGGCAACCGCAUUUAACCGCCAUGUCCUCAAUCGCAGUCAUGAUGCAUAAUCAGCCUCCGCUUCCGCAAUCAGUAGACCAGCUUCCGUCCCCUCUCUUUGAAGGCAAAGCUACUGCAGCUAUGGCCUUCCAUCUCCCGGUCCUGCUCUGGAUGGAUUUGCUAGCCUGUGUAGCCACGCGGGAGAGACCAAAGCUUCCAUAUACUGAGUGGCUGGGACCUAAUUGCACAUUUCAGCUCGCACACAUAAUGGGCUGCCACAACUCAGUCAUGAAAUCCAUAGGGGACCUCGCAGUUUUAAGCCAGUGGAAGUCUGCUUCUCUCGACGGAGGCAGUCUUGACGUUGAGGAAUUCCAGACAGAAAGACAACGGAUUGAAGAUGAACUAGAGAACGUCAUGGACACAACUCCUAUGGCCUCAAUGGAAUCUCGAGGAUUGCAAUCCAAUGUUCUAACAAGUCAAGCAUUCAGUCACACGAAAUCGGAGCAGCGACCCGAUCAAGAUUGUGUUACUCGCAUAUUUGCUGCAGCGGCAUUAGCUCAGCUCGCUGCCUUGAGCACUGAAGUCUUAAAGAACAUCUCAUCGACUGUAGUGAGGAGAGGCGUCAGUCGAGUGAUUCUCGAGAUCAAAGUGGCAUCCCAAAUGGUCUCUCCUCGGCAACUGAGCUGGCCUAUAUGCGUUGCUGGCUGCUUAGCAGAUCAAGACCAGCAGCCGUUCUUCGAAGCGUUAUUAAACGGUGUGCUAUCUGAAGGAACUGGCAUGAUAGGAAACUGUGGCACAGUUCGGGAUAUCUUGCGGGCCUGUUGGAGAAAUAAGGCUGAGCAGCCGAAUCAACAGUGGGACUGUAGUAUUACUAUGAAACAGUUGGAUAUAUAUGCCCUUCUGAUAUAAGAGCAAUAAUGAAUAGAAGUAAAUAGUAAAGCCGUUAGGCUUAUACCGC